AUGGAAUCUCCGGCCGCGAGCUACUUUGUUUCGCACUUUGGCUUCACAGCUGUGGCCUAUCGUGGACCAGAAACCGGAUCAUACCUGACGUCUUCCUACGUUGUAGCUAACGGGGCUGUCCGGUUUGUGUUCACAGGCCCCAUAACUGGCCCAGAAAAUGAAUGGGAGGUUCGGGCGUCGGAGGAUGAUCACCAGCUACUGAACGAAAUUCACGACCACCUGCGCAAGCACGGGGACGGCGUGAAAGAUAUCGCCUUCGAGGUGAACGAUGUUGAAGCUAUUUGGGCGUAUGCAUCCAAAAGAAAUGGCACUGUGAUUACACAGCCAACUGCAUUGAACGAAGGCACAGAUGGGGAGGUACGCCUGGCCACUAUUCAGACGUACGGAGACACUGUGCACACGCUCAUCGAUCGCUCGAAAUAUCGCGGUCUUUUCUUGCCGGGAUUUAAGGCUAUUGCUGGGUUAGACAAACUCAACAGCCUAUUGCCUCCAGUGGAGCUGAUCGAUAUUGAUCACUGUGUGGGAAACCAGCCGUGGGACGGCCUAGAUGGAGCCGUUAAGUACUACGAGAGGGUGUUCAGCUUUCACCGGUAUUGGUCCGUAGAUGAUAAGGAUAUGUGCUCGGACUAUUCCGCCAUGCGAUCAAUCGUGGUCACAUCACCGAAUGCAAGGAUCAAGAUGCCCAUGAACGAGCCGGCGGCAGGCCUUAAAAAAUCACAGAUACAGGAGUUUGUCCAAUACUAUCAAGGAGCCGGGUGCCAACACAUCGCUUUCAGCACGAAGGACAUCGUGCAAACGGUUGAGAAUCUGUCCAAACGAGGCGUUGAAUUUCUAACAGUACCUGAUAGCUACUAUACCGUAUUGCGAAACAGAUUGGCUGUCUCUAAGCUCGAUAUAUUAGAGAGCCUCGAACAGCUACAGAAGUAUAAUAUUCUGCUUGAUUUUGACGAGGGCGGCUACCUUCUGCAGAUCUUUACGAAACAUGUUGUUGAGCGCCCAACAGUAUUCCUGGAGAUUAUUCAGCGGCACAAUUUCGAUGGGUUUGGAGCUGGGAAUUUUAAGAGCCUGUUCGAGGCGUUUGAGAGGGACCAGGAGGCUCGUGGAAACUUGUAG